AUGCUUAAAGCGAAGCAAAUAUCAGAAAUACUAUCACAAACCUUGCUGCCGAUAGAUCAAGAAAUAGAAUCUACAUCAAACUCACCUCUUGCGGUCUCAUUAUUAUCAAGCGAGGGUUUACCUUUGGAUACUAUAAUAAAUACUGAGCUUCUCCCAGAACACAACAUAGUAAAUUUAUCUAUUGAUUCACUCAAGAUAUAUUCUUUAAUAGCCAUAAAUCAACUUGAAGAACUGAUUGAGAAAACAAAAGACUCACUUGAUGACUGGCAGGUUCUCGAAUUAGACAAAAAUAUUAGUUGCAUAGUCCAGAGAGUGUUAUAUUCAGACUCUAAAGCAGAGGGUGACAAUCUUUAUGCAAUUUUAUUCUACAGUAAAUUGUUUCCCAAACCAGUUGCUAAGUUAAAGUUAGAUAAUUUAACUAAAGCUUUGAGCGAAGGGUUGCGAGGUUACCAUAAGACUGAGUAA